UAUCAGAAUGCACGACCAUUUGGUCAGAAUGCAAAAGAAGUUGAACAAUCAAUUGGUGGUGCUACGGGUGGUUAUGCAACCAAUCCAUUUGGUAUCGAAAAUGGUAAUUUCGGUGAUUAUACGCCGACGCAUAACUUUCCACAUGUUUCGCAAAAUCAGAAUAGAUUUGAUGAAGUCGAAAAACAGAUACCAGUUUCUGGCGUGGAACCAUCUAUGUCUGGACCAACUGGUCAUCAAUCUCAAUUGGAUAUUCCUGAAGAUGCUACUGUAGGCACCUCUGGAACCGAAUAUAAUUCCUCACCAAAAACAGCAGAAUAUGAAAAGAAAAUCAAGUCAUAUUUGAAAUUACGCAAAAGUCAACUGGCAUAA